UGCUAUUUAAAGUAUCCUGAGCAAGCACUUGAUGUAUAUAUCAUACGGAAGGUCUUGUGUAGGGCCUACACCUACAAUAUAGAGGUCAAGGGUCAUAAGUUGAUAGGCUCAGGCGAACUUGACCCCGGGCCAUCAGCAACAGGUUGUUUUUUUAGUAUAAACAAUUGUGACAACCUCUGACCAUGUCGAUGUGGGGACCCGUGGUGGGAUUUGCGGCCAGUCAGGUGAUGGGCAUGGUGUGGUACUCACCUCUCAUGUUCGGGAAUCGCUGGAUGAGACUAGUUCACCCGGGGAAGAAUCGAGAUGAACUGAAAGCUUCAGGGGGGCCUGCUAUGGCUGUUACCCUGGUCGCACACGCGGCUCUGGCGGGAGUUCUGAAUCAUGUUUACAUUGAACACAUGGGUGUUGCCAACAUGCCUAUGGCUAUUCAGGCAGGCAUGAUCAUGUCUGGGAUCAGCGCCAUCAGUGAGAUCUGUCACGUCAUGUUCGGCCAGAAAUCGUGGACGGUGUUCGCUAUCGAUCACGGGUUUAACACGGCUGUGAUUCUGGCCAUCAGCGCAGGAAUUGGUUAUUUCCUCUGAUAAAGAUGCCUCGCUCGCACAAACACACACACCCCUAUCUCAGUUAUCAUAAUCACAAACUCAAAACCAUUUCACAUCGUCAUGAAGAAUUUGUGACUUUUUUUUUGUUUCAUGUAGAUUUGCUGAAGUAUUUUGUUUCCAUGUAAUUUGUUACAUGUGUAUUUUGGCAUGGACUGCAUUUAGGUGUACCUACCUACAUACAUGAAAGUUUAUACAUUGUACACAAGGUAGCUGGCAAAUUCCUGUCUUUCAGUACAAUUUGUAUCUCUAUCAAUUCCCUAAAGCCAAGUUGUAGCAUUUUCCUGCACAGCAUGUGACAAUUUUUGUACGGUACAUGUAUAUAUAUAUAUGGCUUAAAAUACUUCAGUGUUGAUGUUUUCUUUGCAUCAUCAUGAAUCCUGCCCCAUGACAGUAUAAUGUAGACUCAUUUAAUUAACAUAUCUUUGAAGGCAGCAGGGAAACUCAAAAUCUAUAAUAUGAAAGUAACCUACUUCCUAUGGCAACUAAGUAUCAUUUCACCACCAAGUAAAGAGUUCAUUGCAUUGUAAUAUAGUCAAAGACACAGGUAGGCUACCAUUUGUGUAGUAGGUGUGUUGUAUAUGAUAGAAUUGUAACUGACAAAUUGUAGAGGAAAAGCUUCCUGUUAUCAUUCUGACAUGGAACACCAUUAUCAUGUUUUGUAAAGCGCUGGUUUUACAUUUGUGCAUACCUUUGCUGGUUUUCAGUAAAAUGUUACCCUCGU